AAUCCGGAAAUUGAGCGAUAUUUCAAAACCGUAAAAUUCGUGCCUAACAAAUCGCUUACCACUUUUGUAAAGGUCAAUCAAUUAUAUGACAUGGAUAAUUUUUUAUUUCGCAAUAUUUUUGCGGGAAGUGACAAAUUUUUACCACCAAAUUUACAAAAUAAUGCCACUAGUUUAGAAGCACUUACAAGAAUUGGUCUUAAAAGUCAAAUAAAUGGUGAUACAUUUAUUGAGUGCGCACAAGAGGUUGAAUCCCAAAUUAUUCAGAAUAGAUUUUCUAUAAGCCUGAUUAAAAUUCGAGCAAAGGAAUUGAUACUGUAUAUGUAUGAACACAUUGAAACAUUAGAUUUUGACGAUGAACAAUUGGAACAAAUUCUAGAUAUCAAGUUCGUACUUUCAGAUAAGAAUCUUCCAGUUCAAUUUUAUCAAUCACCAAAGGAAACUUCAGGAUUUGAAACUUUUGGCAACAUCUGUCGUCAAGAAUAUAAAAAGAUAUGUUGGACACAAUGCCCGAUAUUUGAUAAAAGCAUUGAACCCACUGCUUUAUUCAAUGAAUAUUACCCGGAGAUUGGAAUUCCAUGUACGGAAAGUAUUAUCAACCAUUGGUUUUUUGUCGCCGAAAAUAUAGAAUCCUGGAAAAGUUCCAAAAAUGAGAAGAAGAUCAAAAGUGUAAUCAAAAAUAUUUAUGAAUCAAUGAUUGAACGUUCGGAUGAGAGCGAUUUGAUAGAAUCAAAUAUUAGUGACCCUAAGAAGAAAUUAUUCUUGAAUGAUGAAAACCCGUUUGAUAAAAAUAAUUGUGUAGCAGGAAAGGAACUUAUAAUUGGUGAUGAUUUUAAAGGGGUUAAAGAAUUUUUAAUGCCUUAUGAGGAAUUAUUGUUUCUUGCAGGAGCUC